AUGGAGAAACUUCCCGCAGGAAAGUGCUCUCAAGAACUCUGUCUUUUAGUCACCAAAACAGUUGAUGCAAUUGGCAUUUUGAAUUUUAACCAAACCAGAGAUUCAUGCUCUGAUCGUUACAUUUACAUCCAUGAGGGUCUUCCUAGCAGAUUCAACUAUGAUUUCCUCAACAACUGUGAGUCUCUGAGUGCAGGAACCAGUAUCAGCAACAUCCCAUGUAUGUGUCCUCACCUUGUGAAUUUAGGUCUUGGCCCCGAAAUUAACAGCUCUGAAGGGGUUUUGUCAAACAAGAGCUGGUUCAAAACAAAUCCCUACUUGUUAGAAGUCAUAUUCCACAACAGGAUGAAGAACUAUGAGUGUUUGACAAAAAACUUCACUCUGGCUUCAGCCAUUUAUGUGCCAUUUUAUCCCAGCAUGGAUGUUGGUGUCCAUCUGUGGGAUUCGAACCUCACUAUCAGAGACUCUUCGGCGAAACAUUUCGCGAAGUGGCUUUCGGGGCAACCCGAAUGGUCGAAAAUGUGGGGGAGAGACCAUUUCUUUGCUUCUGGGAGGAUUGCUUGGGAUUUCAGGAGGGAAAGAGACGAUAGCUCUGCUUGGGGUAGUAAACUCAGGUUCUUGCCUGAGUCCAUGAACAUGACUAUGUUGACCUUGGAAGGAAGCAGGUGGAAAAACGACAUUGCAAUUCCAUACCCCACGAACUUUCAUCCGUCAAAGGACAGUGAGGUUGUUCGAUGGCAGAACAGAGUUAGAGAACAAGAAAGGCCUUAUUUGUUCACUUUUGCUGGGGCACCAAGGCCUAACCAGAACGGUUCUAUCCGGGGCAAACUUAUUGAUCAUUGCCAAGCUUCAACUAAGUGCAAGUUUCUACAUUGCACUGAAAAAAUAUGUGGAAAUCCCGUUACUGUUAUGAGGGUGUUUCAGAGCUCAGUUUAUUGCUUGCAGCCUGAAGGGGAUUCAUACACUCGGAGAUCAGCUUUCGACGCUUUUCUGGCCGGUUGUAUUCCAGUUUUCUUUCAUCCAGCUACUGCCUAUACUCAAUAUUUAUGGUAUUUACCAAAAGAUCAUACCAAGUAUUCGGUGUUUAUUCCGGUGAGGGAUGUAAAAGAUUUGAAAGAAGGCCAAAUUGAGAAUGUGUUGCUUGGAAUUUCAAAGGAUCAAGAGGUGGCCAUGAGAGAGGAGGUUAUAAAGUUAAUACCAAAGCUGGUAUAUGCAGAUCCUAGGUCAAGAUUAGAGACUCAAGAUGCAUUUGAUAUAGCUGUGCAGGGAAUUCUUGAGAGAAUAGAGAAUGUGAGAACGGUGAUUAGAGAGGGGAGAGAUCCUAGCGUUGGUUUUGCAGAUGAGGAUAAUGGAAAGUUCAAAUUUCCUGAGACAGUAGACUGUUGA